GUGUGUAGAGCCGGGGGUUGGGGGUUCCCUCCCCCCUGCUCCUCAGAUUCCGUCACCACGGCGACUACUUUCGGGACACUUCUAGGGACUUGCUUUUCAUGUCAGCGGCUGUGCGGUGUGUGCACCGCGCCCCAAACCCCGCAGCCCCCCCCCGCCAACCCCCCCGACCCCGACCGCGAUCGCACCCGUCGACACCCAGCCGGCGUCCUCGGCAGCGCUCGUCACGCUGCCCACGGCAACCAGCGCCGCAGCGGCUGCCAUGGCGGUGCUAACCUCAGCAACAGCAGCAGCGCCGCAGCGCCCUCUGGCGGCUCGUUGGUGGAACAGCAGGGCUCCUCCAGCCAGCACAGCAACCGGACUUUCCGGUCGUAUCUGCCGGCUGGUGUUCGGACCUACAGCUGCGUGCACUGCCGGGCACACUUAGCUGACCACCAGCACCUCAUUUCAAAGUCUUUCCAAGGAAGUCAAGGCAGAGCGUACCUGUUUGAAUCAGUGGUGAAUGUGGGGUGCGGCCCGGCAGAGGAGAGGGUGCUCUUGACAGGUCUGCAUGCCGUCGCUGACAUCUACUGUGAGAACUGCAAGACCACGCUGGGCUGGAAAUACGAACACGCUUUUGAAAUGACCCAGAAAUACAAGGAAGGCAAAUAUAUAAUCGAGCUGGCACACAUGCUGAAGGAAAACUACUGGGACUGAAACAGACUGCAACAUCAACAGCUUCAAACCGGACUGCUGUCUGUCCUCCUCACUAGACUAACAGCACGGUCCUGUCCACCCCCCUGUCCCUGUCUCUCAUGGGACGGGACUAGUGUCUGUCCCCCUCACUAAACUAACAUACCUGCUGUCCAGUCGACACACGUGGUCUUGUAUCAUAAAAUUAAUAUCACUUAACAUAACUGUUUUGGGCAAUAUUAUUAUAAAAUCACAUUUAUCAAUAAAAUAUGAUAAAGAAAAAUGUC